GCAACCCAGCUGUUAGCUGUCAAUAAGUCCCGAUGGAAAGUGUUGUUUCGCUGAUUUCAUCCAUGUAUCUUAGCUCAAAUUUAUGAAUUUGUUUGUCCAUAUUUUAAUUAGGCUAGCCUUAAUGUUAUUUACAAAUGUUUAUUAAGUUAAGGACUCGCUGCUAAUGUGGAAAGAGGCGUGCAGUUAACAAACAAUCGAUGUCUUUAGAGUCCAUUUUCGCGUGGAAUCUAUCAUUCAAAAUGGCAGUGGUAUUAACAAUUCGCAGAUGUGAAAAAUGAUUUGGUGAAUUAUAAACAGUGUCGGUGUGGGUGGAUGGUGAAUUAAACGCGGAAAUGUGGACAUAAAGUGUAAAAUGGGUUCCCAGACACUAGAGAUAUUGCGCCAAGGUGUUUGGGCAUCGUUAACUGGGGGAUGGUUUUAUGAUCCUCAUCAGAAUUUGUUUUGCAACACUGUGCACCUGUAUGUGUGGUUGUUCCUGCUAUGUUUGCCGUUUUCUAUCUACCUGUACUUCCCGCCCGCAAGCCUCGGUUGGAUAAUAUACUGCGCGCUGGUAGCGCUGCUGUUUGCCGGGCUGAAGCUGCUGAACCACGGGCUCCAUCACAUGUACGACACCACCGAGUGCAUCCGAGUGCAGCCCCCCACUGACCCCAACGCUACUGAGAAUACUGCACCUGAAGAGGGCAUGGAGAUGCAGAUGCUGAAGCUGGGCGGCAUGGCGGCGGCGGGCAGCGACAACGAGUCCAUCACCUCUUUGGAGUACCAUAAGCCUAACAACAGCACUAUAGAUUUAAAAGUAGAUGUCCACCGCAAAAACAGUUCGGAGUCGAGCAUAGAGGACAGUGCAAUGUCUGCUAAGCAGACAGAGGUAGUGGCGGCUACCAAGUCAGACCUGUGCGUGGCGCAGGCCGCCGAGGUGGCCGGCCCUUCCAAACCCCGUCCAGCCAGCCGGAGCCGCUCCAAGUCCGGCCACAGGAGAGAACACAGGACUUCCAAGCGAAGGACCCACGGCACUAGAAUCGAUGAACUCAUAGGAGAAGCUUCUAGAAGCGCCAGAGCGGAAAAUAACCUACCAGUUCACAUGUUAGUCGAUGAAGGCCCCUUCGCUAAAGUCAGUAGACGCUACCACGAGUGUCCGCACAGACGUGGCUCCAGCAAUAAGGACUUUUUCAAAGAGUGGCUUUAUCUCGACGGCAGUGAGGCUGCUGGUGAACCUUACCAGUCUAAAUUCGCGCGACAACUUAGUUCUGACUCUAGGGACAACUCCGAACCUAGUGUUGGACCUCCUUCUCCGAAAAAGCGGAUAGCACAUCGACGAAGGUACGCCAACUAUCCGGACGAGAGUUGUACCAAGUCCGCCAUGGCGCUGGCCACACAACAGUCGUCCAAUAUGCGGAGGAACUCCAAUUCGACCAUGUCCACCAUACAGUUACCACUUUUGAAUUCGACUGCGCAACUCGUGUCACACAUGAGGCGGCACUCGAACAAUGCGGAUACUGGGUUCUUCGCCAGCGUAGAGCUUGGUGAGUACAUGAUGGUGAAAGCCGAACAACCAGUCGGCGAAACUGAGAAAAGUAAAGGGAAGAGUUCAGGGUUCAGAAGAAUAAAGAGUGCCGCGUUAGAAAUCGGAUGUCCACCCCCUAGUGUUUCAAAUCUAUCACCACAUCCAAAUAGUGCAGAGACUAUUGGUGGUCAGAUGCUAAAGAACCCUAAAAAUGCAGUGAUUCCACCUCCUAGCAAAAGUUUAACGCGCGGGCCUCAUUUGAACUUAUAUCCAAAAAACGAGUCAGGGGAGGGGUGUAGCUAUCCCUACUUAACUUACGGUUCAGAAAUCGUUUACCCGAUAGCUGAAAUAUCCGAUGAGAUGCAAACUUCGCAGAAAGAAACUGAUCUAGAUUCAAGUGGAGAGAGUUAUAGUGACUAUGAUGAUGAGAAACAAUUUCGUGGGUUUGACUGGGACGCAGAACAGUCACCAGCGAUGCGGUCCAGUGACUCCGACUACGAGAAUAACGGCUCCAGGUCACCGCUUCUUGAUAGACCCUCGGAUGUCCGCGUAGUGCGUAGUAAAACCCACGCGGACAGCAAGAAGCACUGCUGUGAACGACAUACAAACAAACAUAACUUAGACUGCCCCAACGAUAAAGGCAAACCCGUAAGACUGAAAAAGCUUCCGAAGCAUGAGCCACAGUAUGAAGCCAAACGGCCCGACAGACCAGCGCCCUGUUGCGAAUGUAAAACUGCCAUCAACGCAAGCGUAGAUUAUUUUGAAAAAGCCAGCGCGAGUUCCAAAGAUUUGCUAAUAGAAAAGUCCAGUUUAGAAUCUAAUGAAAAUCAGGAACAGCCAGAGAAGCAGCCUGAAGAGAAGAAGGUCGUCGAGAAGAAACUGUGGGACCAUGACAUAUGUAAUUCUAGCAGUAGUAGUGAUACUUAUAUGGACGGACCGCCGAAACAUUUUAAAAACGAAAAGCUCUGCGUGGCUCCCGAAACUGAAGAGUCCCAACUGACGUGUGACAGCAAGAGUGCUGAUGAGAGAAGCGUGUACAGCUUAGACUGGCUGUUCGAGGAGUCGGAGCAGCCUAAAGCCGGCUGUUGUAAGGAGGCGGGAGCCUGCGCGCUCCCGGAAGAGGUCCUUUGCCAAAAACUAGCCAAUGCACUUGGCGAAUCGUCUUCCAACGUCCCAAAAAACUUGGGUGCUAUACCAAAGCAGAUAAAAAACUUAGCGCGUUCGCGAGCUUCCUCGCAGAAGGAGAACAAGAAGAGAGAUUCUAAGAAGGAAAAAGAUGAAAAUCAGAAUGAAGAAGUAAUAAUGUUCGAUGCGGUGGAAGCUCAGGCUGCUUUGGUACAAGGGCUGGAAUGUUUGUUCGCGGCGACCAACGCCAACACGGUGGUGAUGCCGCCGCCGAGUCGCGACGAGCGGCCACGCGCGCACCGCCAGAGCAUCCGCGGCGACAGAGAGAACUCGCACAAAACCAGGAAACGGUCCAUUGAAGAAGUAGCACAAACGUCCACCAACACCCUCCUCCCCACUUCCAUGCCGCUACUGGCAGCCUUCCUCAACUCCCGGGUAGACUUCGGACCUUGUUGCGUACCUUCCUACGUGGCCAACGCUACUGAGAACGCUGCGCCACAAAACGCGCAAGCGACUGAAGAGGGGCCCAGACUUAGACCACUGAUGGACAGAAACCAUAGAAAUCGCGUUAGGAAAAUAAAGCGUUCAACUCGCCAACGAAAUAAUCCUUCUCAGCAGAACAAUACAGAAAAGAAGGACAAGCCGCCCGCUCCUGAUAACUCAAAUAACUCCACUAACGUUCACUUCGCGACGUCGUUCGACGACACGACGGACGGCGCGAUACAUUGCUUCAUAGAUGAAUACGGCAACUGGAUGUCCUACACCUUUGACAAGAACAGUUCGGGGCGCGCUCAGGCACAGCCCAUACCCUUGCCAGAGAAAGAGGACGGCAUGAGGAUCAACCGGGUCAAACCAAUCGACAACCCGGAUAACUCGCAAGAGACUGCUGGCGAGGGCAGCUGCGGUUCUUUAGAAUCCGAAGCUGGCAACAGUGAAAGUAUACCCAAAACGAAGCGCGGAGACAGCAUCGACCAAAGUUCCUCCAACCAGGGCAGUAACAACCCCCUCCUGUCGAGCAACAACAACGUGUCGGCAGUCGUUCCUAUUAACACUAAUAACGCCAACAAACGUUUCUACGUGUUCGACGGCGGGACCGGCACCCACGCCGACCAGCCGCGCUCGCCUGUAGCCUACGUGACUGAUAGUUUACUAGAACAAAUAGAGGCUGAAAGACAGUCCCGCAUGGGACUACCCAGUAUGCAUAUAAACUUUUUAAUGAACCAGCAAAGGGCGCAGCAAUUAGCCCAGCAACAAACUGAAAACACUUACGCUAAUAUACCAAGUUUAAUGCCUUCGAUAGGUGAAGAAAGUGAAAUAAAUCUUAGGAGCAAAUUCUCAAAAAUUAUGGACGAAAUGGAGAAGGCGAACCAGCCGAAACCAAAGAGUUACUACAAGUUCAAAUUGUCGAAGUGUUUCGAACUAAAAGUGACGAUGGACAGACUGCAGCUGAUGGCGUUGUUUGAUAGGAACUUGACGUUUAAAGAGACAUUUGUCACGAUAUUCCUGGCUGUGAUGGUGGCUGUAUUGGGCUCCAUGGUGUUGAACCUCGGCUUCUACAGGGACAUUUACGCGUUUUGGUUCUGCUUCAUCAUGGCGGGGAGUCAGUAUUCCCUGCUGAAAAGUGUUCAGCCGGAUUCUGCGUCCCCAGUUCACGGUUUUAACAAGAUGGUUGUGUUUUCUCGGCCCGUAUACUUCUGCAUAUGCACGGCACUAUUGUGCGGGGUGCACAGUUACUUGGAACAAACAGCACCUUUAACAGACGAAGUGCAUACAAGACGGAAAAGAAGUUUCGAUGAAAUGAAACCUUUAACUAUUUACGGCUUCGAGAUGAACGAAAGAGAUUUUUUACAAGUCAUUCAGGAAAUACUAUCGAAGUUCCUGUUAUUUUUUCCUUUAGCGUUCAGCUUGGGGUUAUUUCCUCAGGUGAAUACGUUUCUCAUGUACUUAUUGGAACAGAUUGAUAUGCAUGUGUUUGGUGGAAACGCUACCAGCAGCUUAAGCGCUGCAGUAUAUUGCGUAGUGCGAUCAAUAGCAGCCAUUGGAGUACUCUACGGGUUCGCUUACAGUGGCCUAGUAGAAGGCAAGAAAUCGCAGCAUCAGAAACACAACAUACUCUUUUCAAUAUUCUGUGGCCUUCUCGUGCCAAUCGCUUACCAUUUAAGCCGCAGUGCGAGCGAUUACACCCUAAUCUGGAACUUGAUUAAAAAACAUUUGUUACCACCGGAGUUAUACGUCAUACACAAUCCAGAAUGUUCUCCGGAGCUCGAGAAAGGGGAUCCGAACACACUAAGUGACGACAAGAAGAACAAUUCAGAAAGUAACAUAUCCAAACAGAAUUCCAUAGGAAGUUCUGCGUCGAAGAUCAAUUUUAGUUCGGAGACGAACAUAGCUAAGCAGAAGCGAUCUCAGACUUCUAGCGUAAGUUCUUUGAAGAUGGAUCCUAGAGGGGGGGACACAAUGAACUCUACUACUUCUUUGAAGGUGGAUCCUCCUACUGAGGAAGAUAAAACUCAGGAGACAAAUACUUCGAAUGCUAAGCAGGACCCUGACAAACCGGAUGAGGAUAUGGAGGAUCCUUUGCCUAAGAAACUGCAGGCGACGGUGAACGCUCGGCUUAAGAAUGACGUGAUAGUGUGCACUUUCCUAGGACUGUUCGUGUUUGGACUGCACUGUACUACUGUGUUCACCACGCUGAGGCCACAACUUAAUACGGUGCUAUGGAUAAUAGCGGGUAUCCUGGGCUGGGUACUGCACUACCUGACUCCUCAGCUUCGCAAACAACAACCGUGGCUGUGCCUGGCCGGGCCGGUGCUCAAGCAACACGAGCACGCUCAGUUCGAGGUCACCGAGCCAGCUAGGCUCAUGUGCUUUGAGAAGAUGUUCGUGUACCUAUGUUUCCUGGAACGUAACGUGCUGUACCCGGGCGUGGUGAUCGCGGCCACGACGCAGGACGCGCCCGCCAUUGCCGCCAAAUUUGGCGACGCUAUUGGCGCGCUUAUUAUUUGCGUCUGCGCUUUGAAAUGUCUUCGAAACGCGUAUUCAGAACCGGACUCCCAGUACCUGAUCCUAGUGUUCGCUGUAUUACUGUUUCAACGAGACUUGAGCAGUCAGAAGAUAUCGGAGACCUUUCUGGUGGACUACUUCAUUACUGCGAUCAUAUUCAGCAAGGUUUACGAGUUUUUGUUGAAGGUACAAUUCGUGGUGACAUACAUAGCGCCGUGGCAGAUCACGUGGGGCAGCGCCUUCCACGCGUUCGCGCAGCCCUUCAGCGUGCCCCACUCCGCCAUGCUGUUCCUGCAGGCCUUAGUCUCUGCGCUACUGUCCUCGCCACUCACGCCUGCGUUAGGUAGCGCAAUAUUCAUGACAUCCUACGUGAGACCGGUGAAGUUCUGGGAAAGGGAUUACAACACUAAGAGAGUAGAUCAGAGCAAUACUAGACUGUCUUCACAGCUGGAACGAAAUCUUGGAGCUGAUGACAACAAUCUGAACUCGAUAUUCUACGAGCACUUAACGCGGUCGCUGCAGCACUACCUAUGUGGUGAUCUCAUGCUCGGACGAUGGGGGCAGGUGCAACAGGGCGAUUGUUUUGUACUGGCAUCGGACUACCUAAACUGCUUAGUGCACAUAGUAGAGAUGGGUAACGGCCUCGUGUCCUUCCAACUGCGAGGCCUCGAGUUCAGAGGCACGUACUGCCAGCAGAGAGAGGUGGAGGCUAUAUCUGAGGGGCCUGAGGAGAGCAGUGAGGGCGUGUGCACGGGCGCGUGGUGGUGCGGGGGCCGCGCGCUGUCGCUGGGCGCGGCCUGGGCGCUGCGCUGGCUGGCGUGGCAGCUCGUCGCCGCCAGAUACGUGCUGGAGGGGUACUCCGUGUCCGACAAUAGUGCCGUGUCUAUGCUACAAGUGUUUGAUUUUAGGAAAGUGCUGCUUACUUAUUAUGUUAAGAGUAUAAUCUACUACACCAUCCAAUCGGCUAAGCUAGAAGAAUGGCUAGCUUCCUCCAUGAUAGCUGAUGCUCUGAAGCCGAUGAACGAGAGGAACUUCGUGGAUUUAGACCCCAUAUUCAACGUUAAUCUCGAUGAGGAUUAUGACUUUAGAGCUUCGGGAAUUACCAGGUCCCGUUUCUGCGCGGUAUACGGCGAGUGGAUAGCGCACUGCGGCGCGCGGCGCGGGGCCGCGUGGCGCCGCCGCGCGCAGCACGCGCACUCGCCGCUCACCACGCUGUGCUUCGCGCUAAGUCUGCUGGGAAGACGGGCUUUAGCUGCUGCACAGCAUUUGUCUGCUUCUAGCGUGGAAUUCUUCCUGUACGGCUUACACUCGCUGUUCAAAGGCGACUUCCGCAUCACCUGCGCCCGCGACGAGUGGGUGUUCACCGACAUGUCAUUACUACACUCAGUCCUAGCACCAGCUAUACGUAUGGCGCUUAAACUGCAUCAGGACCACUUCAUGUUCCCCGAGGAGUACUGCAGCAGCUCUGCGCUGUACUGCGCUAUAGCGUCGCACGCGGAGCGGCUCGUCAUCUGCCACGAGGCGGCGCCCGCCUGGCGGUACAACGUGCUGCGCGGGGCUCCACAUCUGUUGGCUUUAAGGCAUGUAAUGGACGAAGGCAACGACGACUACAAGAUAAUAAUGCUGAACAAGCGUCACCUGGGCUUCCGCGUGAUCAAGCUGAACCGCGAGUGUGUCCGCGGCCUGUGGGCUGGCCAGCAGCAGGAGCUGGUCUACCUGAGGAACAGGAACCCCGAGCGAGGGUCCAUACAGAACGCUAAGCAGGCUCUCCGCAACAUAAUAAACUCGUCGUGCGACCAGCCGAUCGGGUACCCGAUCUACGUGUCGCCGCUGACGACGUCGUACGCGGACACGUCGCCGCAGCUGCGCGAGCUGCUCGGCUCCGCGCUCACCGUGCGACUCAUCCGGGACAAGAUCGCGCAGGCUUGGCGCCGUAUCCGUCGCCGCUGCGGCGAGGGCUGCUCGUCGGGCGGCGCGUGCUCGGCGGGCGCGGCGGAGGCGGGCGCGGCGCGGCUCGCCACGCCCAGGCACAACGCGCUGCAUCUCUCCAGGACUUCACUCGCGGGUACGCGCGGCAGUCUAGCGUCGGCAGGCAAACCCACGUCGUCAACACUAGCGUCGUUAGCGGGGCUGCUUCGAGAACAUUCCCACGAGCGGACCACGCAUGAUGAAACUGCGGCAGCAGGUGGUGGUGGGGCUACCCUGGUGGACAGCACGAGCUCGAUGCGGUCCCGUGAGGGGGGGCACCGCGACAGGACCAACCGCGCCAGGACGCCUGCCAAGGAACCGGCUAGACAAGUGUGUAACCGCAGCCGUAUGCGUCGAGCUGCGCCGGCGUCGUUCCGCCUGCUCGCCGCGUCCGACAACAUGCGGCUCGAACCCACGGCGUGUUCGUCACAUCCUAAUGAUGAUACACAGAGUGCGGCAGGCAGUAACUGGGAGUGUGCGUGGCGAGACCAGCCACGAAGAGCGGCCAGCGCCAAGGUGUCCAGCAGCCGAGGCAACCCAAGCGCGGAAUCCUCCCUAGAAGACCUGACUCUCACCCCGACAGGCCUGGACCUAUCCCUGCCUGAUUGCAAGAUCAUCGCCAACAGGAACGCCAGGCAAGAGAGAGACUUUAAAAGGUUUUACGUCAAUGAAAUAACACCAAAGGACCUAUCAAAACUCAGCAAGGAGAUCCGUCACGAGCGGGAAAGUUACCGCGAACUUACUGGCCGGUACAUAGAGAAACCCGAAGCCAUACCGUUAAAAGAAACUCAUUACUCCGACCUUUCGAAUAAAGAAUCGAACCUAAAGAAAGAAGCGAAAAAGGACUCUAAGGCUAAAGAAAUAAAGACGAAGAUUAAACGGUCGGAUUCCGGUCGUAGUGAGUUGAAAGUGAAUGUUUCUGUCGGCAGUAAGGUGCUGAUUAUCGAGCCUUUGGGAGUGUAUGACUGUAUUAACUUGGGUCGGAGGAUAGAUGUGGUGUGGCCCUCGGAGGCGGAGAGGGAGAGGGGGGGGAGGAACUUCUGGGGCAGCUGGGUGCCGCUAGCGGGGAUGGAUGGACUGGUGGUACACAAAUGGACGCCAAACCACAGAGAUCCCAAACUCCGGUCACACGUCGACAAGAGCAUUCUCCUAAUACAAAUAGACGAUAAAUUCGUGCCCAUCGCCGAAAACUGCGUCCAAGACUUAGGCGAUGAAGUAUGAACCUUACGCCCUUAACAACAAGGUCGAAAUCUGCGUGAACAAGUAAAGACUUUUUAUAAUAAACCAUUAAAUAAGUCUGAACCUUAUUUGUAAGCAAUAAGGUGUAAUAUCAAAUACUCGGAUGUAGGAGAAUUUAUUAACGGUUAUUGGUGAAAGGAAAUUAGACUUUACGUGUAUGAAAAUUAAGUUGAUAGUAGCGUGCGUUGUACGCGUGAUCUCGGUGGUGAAUUGUGAACCUUAUGUGUAUGGUACUAAGGUGUUAUGAAAAACAGUUAAUUUGUUUUAUUAACUCAAUUAAACAGUUCCUUUUUACGCUUUAGCAUGGUUAAUGACCUAGUGGUAAAAUAAAUAUGCCUGUUCUAGUAUAUUUUGAUGAACAUACUUAAAUGUUUUUUUUUUUUCUAAUUUAAUAGUUAGUCAGACUUCUUUAAUUUCUUAUGUGGUAUUAACACUUAUGAUAAAUACUUAUGAAGAAAAAAUAACUUUUGAUUCAGAAUUUCGCGGGUCAUUAAUCAUGUUAUGAGUUUUACUAAUUAAAUUUCUGUCACAGUAUAAAGAUGAUAUAAAUAAAUGUGGGAUUUAGUGGCAAAAAAUAAUGCGAAUAAAGUUAAAUACUGAUAUAAUACCCUCUUGGACUUCUUUUAAAAAUCUUAUAAUCUUAGCGUCUUAGCGUCUACGUCUUCCAUCUUGUAAUCCCAAUCUUCAUUCACUCUCUUUCACUCUUCAUAGCUCAUACAUUCCUUCCCGCUCAUUCAUACGUCCCCUUCUACUCAGAAUUCACUCCACAUAAAUAUAUUCAGUCAUUAUGUGAAAAGAGGCUUACAAAAGCAAAUGGAAUCAAAGUUGCUUGAAAUAAAUUGGGAACCACAUAAAUGAUAAAAAAGACUUGAUAAUUGGUAAAUUCUCAAAAAUACGUACACCUUUUUUAACAUAUGGAAUGCCAAUAAAGAGUUAAGUAUUGACUUUGCCCGCUGAGUAAAAAUUAAGGGCGAUUCAAUCGUCCUAUGCGUCCCUGAGCCCUAAUAAGGCGUUAAUAUCAGGAUACUAUCAAGCCUUAAAAAUUUAUGAAAAGAUUAUAUUGUCACAAACAUACCAAGAAGAUACCAAGUACAGAUCUUAUGACAACUAUGAAUAAGUUAAAAUGAGAAAACUUAACGGUCUGAAUAACUAAGCAUUUUCAACCUUAUUUCUUAAGCAAUACGGCCGACUUUAAAAACACACAACAUUUUAUAUGAAAUUGGUUUCUAUGUCUUAAAGAAUAAGGUUGGAAAUCGACUACCCAGUCAAAUAGGAUUUACUUAAUAACAAGUCGUUUUGAUUGACUUAAAAACUAUAAUUAUGAAGCUAGUUAAAUUGUCUACCAUAAAUUUAAUCAUAGGCUUAAAUUGGAUUAAUGAAAACCUUUUUUUUUUACUUUAUUUUUGCACUUCGCCAUUAUGUGUUGGUUAAAAAUAAUUUGUAAAAUAUUCCGUGUUAUUAAAAAAUAAGUUGCGUUCAAUUGGGUACUGUGAUGUAUAUGAAUAUGAUUGUUUGUGGCGCAAGUUUGACUUUUACGACUACAUACGAGCUUUUUAUGUUUAGACUGUCAAGAAUAUAGUUCAUUGUACGUGCUGAUUAAUUCUUGCCAUACUUUGCAAAACAGAUUUCUGAAAAAUAUGAAGAAGAAAAAUGUAACACUGCAAUAAAGUUCAGAGGAAAAGGCCUCAUUUCAAUUAAUAAAAUGAAUGGCCGAUUUACAAUGAUAGAAAAGGUAAACCUUGAAUUUCGAUAUUUGAAUAUUACUAUCGAAAAAGUAGCUCUUACGUGUAAGAUUAAAUCGUGGUCCAUUUUAUCAUCUCUAAAGUUACGUAUCUCUAUAAGAAUCAGAUAAUAAAUUAACAAAGUAAAGGCCCGGUUUCACUGUUUACCUACAAAGUAUCAGUUAGUUAUCUGAUAGUGAAAUGCUGAAAAGGCUGCCUAUAAAAUUUGCCAGAUAUUGCUAUCCGAACCGUGUGAAACCAAAAGUUAUAGUUUUUCCUUCAGGUAAGUUCCUGAUAGGCUAUCAGAGACUUUAUCAGUGGAACUGGCCAUACUUCUUGUAUAUCCCGUUAGUAAAGGUCUACACAGACUUGCGACGCAACAAGCUUCGUUGUGUGUUGGUAGCUUUACAUUGUAAAUACUUGUAAAUAAUGUAAAAAACAUAUGAAAGAAAUGUAUAUUCGUCUCUUUAAUAUAUAAAGAACAUCUUAUUACAGUACAUAAGUAGAAACCUUUUUUAUUUUUGUUAUUGUGUUGUAAUUAUUAUUUUUUUUUGUCUAAAUUCGUUUUGUAUAAAACCUUUUGCUGCAUAACCUUUAGUCUGACACCAAAUGAAUGUAUUGUCUAUUUAAAUUAUUUAUAAAAUUUAAUGGAAGUUACUGCGUGUGUACUUUGUGGGUAAGGUCGAAUAUUCUUUGCCAGACUGUAUUUUCUUUAAAAAAUAACAUUCGUAGAAUUUGUUUAAUAACACACAAUUUAUGAACGGAUGCUUUUACCAGUUAAGCAUUUGUAAAGAACAGAUAGACAUACAGACAGUAUCGUCUUCCAAUUGUCCGCAAACAAAUUGGAAUCUGGCUUGGCAAUUGCAUAAAAACACUAUUCAUAAAGAAUAGUAGAUUCUACCACAUAAAGUAAGCCAGUAACUUUCUGUUCACUGUUGUUACGUAUACUUAUAGUGCAUUUUAUGUAUAUCACUGUAUAUGUAUUGUUUCACUAAAUCAUUGAUAAAUUAUAAUGAAGACGUUGUGUUUUGCGAAUUUAAAGGGGAGUGAAUUAUUCGUGUUGAUGGUACUUACAGGUUUUGUUGUAUGGUAAAUUUUAUUAGUUAUUGAAAUAAUGAUAAUGAAGAGGUAACUAUAUUUUGCUGGUUUAAAACAUGUAAUUCUUAUGAAGAAUCGUAAAAAAGAGAAUAUCUUGGAAAGGGUUUCCUAAGUUUGAAAAAUAUGUCUAUAGUUCUCUAUUUACUUUAUGUCAGUUACGGAUAUCUGAUUACUGGUGUUAUUUCGAAAACAUAAAAUUCACCUACAACAUAACUACAUUAGUACUGUAUAAAAUCAAAAUAAUUAACAGCCAGUUUCUUCAUCAAAAGUAAAAGUCAAAGUAAUGUCUUAAGUAAAAGUAACGGUCAAAUUCAUUUUUUCUAUUAGUUUUGCUGUCACUUUAGCCUUGAAAAACGAAUUUGACCGUUACUUUUACUUUAGACAUUACUUUGACUUUUACUUUUGAUGAAGAAACUGGCCGUAAAUAAAAACAAUUCACAUAAUCCCCUAAGCGUUGAGAUAAUUUAAAAAUUAUAACUGAUUUGUUCAAUUUUAAUCGUCAAUGUUUUUAUGUCAUCUGCUAAUAUUAAAACGGAAUUAAAAUAAUACAUCAAUAAAAUAUUAACUCAGCAAGAGACAUUAUUUCUUGGACUGUUUCGUAACGAUUCAAAUAUUUUGAAAUCAAAGCUAUUUUUAAUCAUAGGUACCUACCAUGAAUUGUGAAAGCAGUAUUUAUUUACGUUAAAAAAUAUCACUGGCAAAACAUCAUAAUGGUUUCCGAUUGUAUUCAUUUUGUUACAUGUUAUAAGAAUAUUGAUUCUCUAAUAAUUAGCAGAUGGUAUAAAAAUAAUAAAUGACUCUAUUGCACUCUGCACUUUGACACAUUGUGUCUCCUGUGGCUAACGUUCGCGUUUACUUACGCUUUUGUGAUUUACUCAAAGUAUUUUGGUCGGUCUACUUUCAUAUAAUAAAUUCAUAAUAAUGUGUAAUUUUAAAAGGUAGAAAGAUUAAAGUCGUAAUAAAAAUAAACGAAGAAGUAAUUUUUAAAAUAAAUUGAUUAAAAUAUUAUCAUGAUUAAUUCUUACUGAAAUAAAUUAUUGAAUUAAUCAUUUAAAUUGAUUAUUGUAAGUUGUUAAUUUCCCAAAAACGCGAACGAACCACAUCUAAUAUAUAUGAGUAUAUAUUAUAUUCUCAAGUUGCCUUAAUAUAUUUUAGACUGAUUUUUUAUAAUCGUGAUGUGUGUCAAGCCGAAUAUAUUGAUAGUUAAGAUAACUGCGCUCGGUUCAAUCAUUCUAAUGUUAAUCGCAGUGUACUUAUGAACUUGUGUUAUGGCGGUUUACUCAUUUACGUUCGUUCUAAAAACGGAUAUUUGUCGUAUCUCAAUGAAGGAAAACUGUACUCUUCUAAACAAGGGUGUUAUGAGCUUAAAGUUAAUUAUUUGUAGCUGAACGAAUGUGUGUGAAUAAUGUAAUGAAUAUGUGUUUGUGUAAAAAUCUUAACCUACGUAAACGUCUCUGCUGUCACCCAGCAGAAAGAAUGAAAUUAUUUUAAAUAUGGGCUCUUAGUAUUGUUCCUUAGAUACCUAUUAUAUUGUUAGAUUGCCAUGUUACCAAUGUAAACUAUAUCUAAAAAACAUUACUUAAAGCCUAUAUUUGAAUAGAAAUCAUAUUUUUGCCGAGUGUUAGCAGUCGUUUAAGUGAGUGAUGACUAUUUAUCCUUAAUCUUUUUGUAUUUACCUACUGUUUUUGUCACAAAUAAAUGCCAUAAUGUGAUUGUACGUAAUUCAAUAAACUUCAAAAGUAUACCUCUUAUGUUAUCAUGGUAUACACGACAAAUAUCUGUAUGAAAAAAUCCGAAUUUAUAUUUAUUACUUUGCAUAAUCGGUAGAUUUGUGUUGAAGAUUGGUGUAAUCUAUGUGUUAGUCUAAAUUGAACUCUAUUUCAUUGUAAAAGAGUAGGUAUUUGUACAGUAGGAAGGCACAAUCCGUCCACAAGUGAUUUUUUCUGCAUAUGCGACUUAUUUUCCUUUGUUUUUAAUUUUGUACUUUGUUGAUAUCGACAAGAACAUACAGUAUUUUAAACAAAGGAGUCUUUACUACAUAAUUUGUCUUCCAGACUCAACAUGAAAAAAAAACACAUUCCAGAAUAUUCCUGAAAAAAUAUCGGCAACCAAGUAUCAAAUGUUUUUUUUACUUAUUUCCCUAUUUUUGUCGUCUGUUGUCGAUGUCAAUAAAGACUGCCGAAUAGCAUAUGCAGACAAGUCGUGGUUGUUUUGUGAAUUGACGUAAUGUAAACCGCCGACGCGCCGUUGAUUUGUGUCACAUUAUCAAUAUCAGGAUUAAUACUGAAUUAAAAUGGUACAUGGAUA